AUGACCACGACCGGACGCAGGGCCACGGCUGUCGCGGACAGGUGCGGCGGCGGCGACGACGGCGAGACGGCCGCUGAUCUGACGCUGUUCAAGGCCAUCGGCCUGCACCAUAUGCUGAAGAGCGGGACCGCGGGCCGCCGGUUUCGGGCCGCGUACGUGUGGUUCGCGCGCCUCAUCGUGGCCGUACAGCUGUUGCAAGUGGCCGGGCUGUACGCGUCGGCCAACGACUUGCGGCGGUUCGCGUCCAUGGCCGUGCUGGCGUUCAACGGGCUGAUGUGCGCGUUCAAGGGGCUCGUGCUGGCCAACAACGCGGACCGGCUGCGGGAAGUGCUGGACGUGGCCCGUUACCGGUACACGGCGUGCGGCCACCGUCGGCCGGCCGACAUGCAACGGACCGGCGCCACGGUGUCCGCGCUGCUCCGGACGUUCGCCACCGUCAGCUACUGUACGCUGGCCGUGUGGGUCAUCACGCCGCUGUUGGCCGACGUCGCGUACGUGCAGAUCGUCCACCGGGACGGCACGGCGGCCGCUUACCGGGCGACCAUCGACAACACGUGGCUGCCCGGCAUGUCGGAGACCGUGUACAACUGGCCGCCCGUCUGGGCCGCCAUCUAUGCCAUCGAAGUGAUCAUGUUGACGGCCAACGUGUUCAACUGGAUGAUGUUCGACUGUUACCUGCUCACCGUGUGCUUCGUACUCAACGGCCAGUUCCGCACGUUGGCGGUUGGGUACGCGACGAUCGGCAGCCAAAGGCCGCUGCGGUGGUGUUCGUGCGUUCGCAGCCGUUCCGGCGAUCCGAUCGUAAGCUUCGUCAAAAGCGGCAUAUGCGCAGAAAACGAUGACGUUCAUAAUACGGGUAACGCCGAUUAUUACGAAGACUUGAUCGUUCAUAUAAUUGAUAAUCAAAAUAUAAUAAAGAAAUAUGAUGACUUUUUUGAAAUCGUGCGGCCUGUAGUCAUAAUCCAAGUAGUCAGUAGUUCGAUCUCAAUAGUGGGAUUGAUAUUGCUCGUCGAACUUUUGUACUCAAUGGGUGAGUCGAUCACAUUUGGACCAGUUUUGAGAUUAAUUUGUGCUCUGUUAUCACUAACUAUGGAGUUCUACAUUUAUUGUUACAGUUUCAAUUACAUUGAAAUCGCAAAAUGCACGUUAAAUUUUGGACUGUAUAGUAGUAACUGGACUGCUAUGGAUUUAAAAUUUAAAAAAACUUUGUUUAUGGCCAUGAGCAUGAAUUCCGCUCAUAUGAAGGUGAUGAAAUUGUCACCAAAAUAUAUCAUCAAUUUGGAAAUGUUCACAUCGGUGAUGAAAAUGUGUUAUAGUAUGGUUUCCGUAAUACUAAAUUCAAUCGAGAAGUAA